CAAGUUUCGCCUCGAAUCCCUCGUAAACAUUUGUUGAACGUGGCCAAAGUACACGUCAACGGUGACGUCGCCUCUGGCGUUUCAAAGAGGCCCGCGGCAGGUAAAUACGGAGAAUCCGGUCUUAUCUGGAGCCGGCCUUUAUGUAAUCCGGCGUCACGCGGCCGUCACAGAAGGUGAAGAGGAAUCCACUUCCUGCCGGCGGCGGUCCAGUCGAUCCUCAAAGGACGUCCUGUGCGCGCAGGCUGGCUCGCUCUCGGUAAGUCAAGGCAGUCCCGGCGAAGACAUGUCCCGGCCGACGCUUCUGACGCUGGCGGCGCUCCUCUGUGUUUUUGGCGGCGGCGCGGCGGGUGGCAAGAUCCUGGUCUUCCCCAUCGAUGGCAGUCACUGGAUCAACAUGAAAGUCCUGAUCGAAGAGCUCCACGCCCGCGGCCACGACAUCACUGUGCUGCGACCCUCCGACAACUGGUACAUCAAACCCGAGUCGCACCUCUACAAGACCAUCACCCUGCACUCCUCGGGCGGCUUCGACGAGGUCAACUUCGGCUCCUUCGUCACCCGGAUGCUCCUCUUGCGACGGGACGGCGCCUCCUUGUGGAAGCGGCUGGCGCUGGAGUACGAGCUGGUCGAGCAGUUCUACAACCUCAACCGGCAAGUCGUGGACAUGAUGAGCAACUUGUUCGAAGACCGGGAGAUGAUGCGGAACCUGCGGGAGGCCGACUACCAGGUGGUUCUCACCGACCCGGCGUUGGGCGGCGGAGUCCUCCUGGCCCGCCGUCUGGGUCUCCCCCUGGUGCUGAACGUCCGCUGGACCAUCCAGGGCGAGGCGCACAUGGCCAUCGCCCCCUCGCCUUUGUCUUACGUUCCCAUCCCCGGUGUCAAGCUGACGGACAAAAUGACCUUUGCGGAUCGUCUCAAGAACGUCAUCUACUACUUGUUCACGCAGUGGCAGAUUUGGUACGUGGCGGACACCACCUACAAGCCGUUUGUCCACAGGUACUUUGGCCCGGACGUGCACUACAUGGAGCUCUUCCAGUCGGCCGACAUCUGGCUGAUGAGGAACGACUUCACCUUUGAGUUCCCGCGGCCCACCAUGCCCAACGUGGUCUACAUGUCCGGGUUCCAGUGCAAGCCGGCGCGGCCGCUCCCCGCCGAGCUGGAGGACUUUGCGCAGAGCUCGGGCGAGCACGGCUUGGUGGUGAUGACUCUCGGGACCCUGGUGGCAGACCUCCCGGAAGAUAUCACCGACGGAAUCGCCGCCGCCUUCGCCCGGCUCCCCCAGAAGGUGGUCUGGAGGCACCGGGGUAAGCGUCCGUCCACCCUGGGAAACAACACGCUCAUCCUGGACUGGCUCCCGCAGAACGACCUCCUGGGCCACCCCAAAACCCGGCUUUUCGUCGCGCACGGCGGCACCAACGGCCUCCAGGAGGCCAUCUACCACGGCGUCCCCCUGGUGGGCCUCCCGCUCAUGUUUGACCAGCAUGACAACUUCUUCCGGAUGGAAGCCAGGGGGGUAGCCAAGGUGCUGGACAUCGCCACGGUGAACCGGGAGAACUUCCUGGAGGCCUUGCAGGCGGUUCUCCACCAGCCAUCCUACGGCGACAGGAUGCGGCGCCUGUCGGCGCUGCACCGCGACCAGCCCGUCCCCGCUCUGAGCCGCGCCGUCUUCUGGAUCGAGUUCGUCAUGAGGCACAAGGGGGCGCCGCACCUGAGGACCGAGUCUUACAAGAUGUCCACAGUCCAGUACCACAGCCUGGAUGUCGCCGCCUUCCUGAUGGCCGUCACCUUAACCGGCGCCGCCAUCUGCGUCACGGCGCUGAGAGUCCUGUGCCGAUGUUUGUUUUACCGAAGCAAGUUGAAAAAAGAAUGAUUCUAUUUUUUUUUUCUUAUUAUUUCGGUAAAACUCACAGGUUUUUUUUUGAAAGACUGGUUCCAUUUGGUUUUAGCUUUUUAUUUGAUUUAGUUUUAUUGUCAUUUCCAAAUUGAUUAACCCCCGCCGAGAAUGACAAAUUUGUGGAUUUCAAAAUUUCCAUUUUAACUCAUUCACUCCCAAAGACGUUUUUAAACGUCUUUUCAGACUUGGUCCAGAAACGUGCCUGACCUGUGCGUGGCCGGUGUGGCUUCAGUUGCCAAUUUCUUCUACGGUCCUAUUUUUUCCCCAAUUGUACGACAUAUUGUCAUUAUUUUGCAAUCUGUUUUACAAUGUCAACACGAUUUAAACAUGCAGUAGGUCAUUACGAUAAGCUUUUUUUUUUUUUCUUUUUGGUAUACCAAAGAAAUACUUAACCAGUGGGUGAAUUGAAAAAGAACAUCAUUUUAGAAACGGAAGUUUCUUGACAAAAAAUGAGCGGAAUACGAUACGACGCUGUCAAACUCACCCGUGUCGUCGGCGGAGGAGGAGAACGCUGGUUGUCGGCGGUCCCGUCGGUGCAAAGACGAGGGGCUGCGUGCAGGGAGGAACCGUGUUAUCAAUCAUUAUUCUCAAUGCGCAUUUCGAUGUACGGCAUUCUCCGAUGGCCGGAAAUGAUCAACGCGAGUCUAAAAUGGCUACUUGGCAGCAAACUGA